AUGCAGGAACAACACGUUGAUAACAACACGGUUUGGGACGUGUUGGAAACUUCGACACACCGAGUGCUUGACGGCACAGACUGGGAUGUGCUGUUCCAGAACUGUGAUCUCUUCCCCAGGGUUAACUCCUUUAGUAUACCUCCGGGAGUUGAAGGCAUGUACCGAGUUGACUGCAUCGGUUACGCAGACAAUAACCAAUGGCGUCAAACCAGCUCGAGGAAGGUCCUGAGAAAUGCUGAUGGUCUGGUGGAGUUUAAUGUACGCAACGGGUAUGGUGUCUUUGAAGCUGAUGGCUGGUUUUUAAGGAGGCAGGUUGUGAGAAUGGAAGAAGACUUUCCAAGAGUCACGUUCGUUCACUACUGGUAUGAACAAAAUCAAGCAGCAGCUCAAGCCGCAGCAGAAGACUAA